GCAGCCGGUUCCGACGGUGAAUGAUGGCGCUGUGAAAGUUGUGGUUGGCGACACGUUCAAAUCGCAGGUUCUGGAUGCAGGAAAGGACGUGCUGUUGCUCGUUUACGCCCCGUGGUGUGGACACUGCAAAAAGCUCGAGCCCAUCUACGAAGAGUUUGGGAAGCUUGCGGCCGAGUCGAAGACAGCUAGCGAGUCACUGGUUGUGGCGAAAAUGGACGGCGCGGCGAACCGACUGCCGGACGAGAAGUACAAGGUGACUGGUUUCCCAACUGUGUGGUUCUUCAAGAAAGGAUCCGAUACUCCAAUCAAGUUUAUGGGAGAGCGGACUACCAAAGGCCUUGCUUCAUUUGUGCAGCAGCAGGCAAGCAGCGCCGUGGAAAUUUUCGUGGCUUGA